AUUUUCAACAACAUCUCUCAAAUCGGAAGAAGAAGAAGCAGAGAAAAAGCCAUGAAUUCGUCUAUUUUAACAACACCUUCCUCUUCUUCUUCUUCUCCUCACCUCCAAUCUCCUGCAACAUUUGACCACGAUGACUUCCUCCACCACAUCUUCUCCUCCGCUCCUUGGUCUUCCUCCGUACUCGACGACGCUCCUCCUUCCGAUUCCCCCGUCGCCGGAUUUCACCAUCACGACGUCGUUGAUUCCGGAAACCAGAUCACCAUGAUUCCUUUGUCUCACCAUAAUCCAAACGACGCCGUUGAUGGCUCCUCCUCCGUUCACGCUCUCUUCAAUGGCUUCUCCGCCGGAUCCCUCCCUUUUCACUUCCCUCAGGGGUCGGGAGAAAAAAUGAUGAACCAAACGCAAACGCAAACGCAAUCUCAGGCGACGGCGUCAACCACCACCGGUGGCACGACGGCGCCGCCGCAGAAUAAGCCUAAAGUUCGAGCUAGGAGAGGUCAAGCCACUGAUCCUCACAGUAUCGCCGAACGGUUACGGAGAGAGAGAAUAGCGGAAAGAAUGAAAUCUCUUCAAGAACUUGUCCCUAAUGGCAACAAGACAGACAAAGCAUCAAUGCUCGAUGAGAUUAUCGAUUAUGUCAAGUUCUUACAGCUCCAAGUCAAGGUAUUAAGCAUGAGUAGAUUGGGAGGUGCUGCUUCUGUUUCUUCUCAAAUCUCUGAGGAUGCCGGUGGAUCCCACGAAAAUAACUCCUCCACGACCACCGAGAAUCAGACGACGGCGAAGAUGACGGAGCAGCAAGUGGCAAAGCUAAUGGAAGAGGACAUGGGAUCAGCCAUGCAGUAUCUACAAGGCAAAGGUCUCUGCCUCAUGCCCAUCUCCUUAGCCACCACCAUCUCCACCGCCACGUGUCCUUCUCGUAACCCAUUGAUAUCCGCCGUCAAAGAUGCCGGCGUUCCUUUGUCUCCCAACAUCUCCGCCCAUUCGACGAACACAGCCACUACAACAAUUGUUAACGGUUCGUCGUUGGUCACCGUUAAAGAUGCUCCCUCCGUUUCUAAGCCGUGAUGACGGCCGUUUAUAUAUCAUUUUGGGAUUAUGUGUGGUUAGUCUGAGUGGGGAAAAAAAAAAACAGAGACAGCGGAAAGUGGGAGAUGUGGUUUUCGUCAAAGUCUAGAAAGAAUAAAGGGGUUGCGUUCUGGGAUAAGACACCGUAUUUUGCGUACACUUUAGUUCUGUUCUGUCUUUUACAUACUACAAACCACUCAAUGGCACACUUAUGUUUUCUCUUUUUGUAUUAAUCUAACAUUUCCAAUGUUUUUGGUUUAUAAAGUUAUAUCCUCCAAUGGGAUGUUACAAAUCCAAUCGAUAUGCAUGAUGUAAA